UGUGAGCAAAGCACGUGUUGAAGGAGGAAGCUUUUAGCAGCUGCACAGGAAGAAGCACAGUGUGUUUACAGCACAUGAUGUGCAGUGUGAUGUGUGAGCGGUGCAGGCAGGAGUGAUCCCUCCAGGGUGAUUGUUAACACCUGUUUGUCUAAAUGGAGGAAGAUGAAGAUUGCCCAGAGCUUGUCCCCAUUGCUGAUGAUCAGACUCAAUCUAAAAUUCCAGUCACUAUAAUCACAGGCUAUUUGGGUGCUGGAAAAACAACUCUUUUGAAUUAUAUUCUGACUGAACAGCACAAUAAGAGAAUUGCAGUCAUUGUUAAUGAAUUUGGUGAAGGCAGUGCUGUAGAAAAGUCUUUAUCCAUCAGCCAAGCUGGAGAGCUGUAUGAGGAGUGGUUGGAGCUUAGAAAUGGCUGCCUGUGCUGCUCUGUAAAGGACAACGGUUUAAAAGCAAUUGAAAAUCUGAUGCAAAAGAAGGGAAAGUUUGACUACAUACUACUGGAAACAACAGGCUUGGCAGAUCCAGGUGCUGUGGCCUCUAUGUUUUGGGUUGAUGCUGAACUAGGAAGCGAUAUAUAUCUGGAUGGCAUUGUAUCAGUGGUUGAUGCCAAGUAUGCGUUGCAGCAUCUAACAGAGGAAAAACCUGAGGACCUUAUUAAUGAAGCUGCCAGACAGGUAGCAUUAGCCGAUGUAAUACUCAUCAACAAAACUGAUAUAGUUUCUGUUGAAGACCUGGAUGCAGUACGUUCAGUUGUCAGGUCAAUAAAUGGACUUGUGAAGAUUCUGGAAACUCAAAGAUCAAGAGUGGAUUUAUCAGAGAUUUUGGAUUUGCAUUCUUUUGACAGUUUGUCUGGAAAAAGCUUGCAAGACAAAUUCAUCUCCAGCACAUCUCAUAAUCAUCUUGAUAAGAGCAUUGUCACCGUUACAUUUGAGGUUGUUGGAAAUGUAAUUGAAGAGAAUCUCAAUGUAUUCAUUCAGAAUUUGCUCUGGGAAAAGAAUAUAAAAAACACUAUCGAAAUUCCCAUGGAGGUUAUAAGAUUAAAGGGCCUGCUGUCAAUGAACGAUAAAUCAAAUCAAGUGAUAAUACAGGGAGUUCAUGAACUCUAUGAUCUAGAAGAGACACAAGUAAACUGGCAGGGGGAGAGACUAAAUCGCAUGGUGUUUAUAGGGAGACAUCUGGAUAAGGACAUACUCAAACAGCAAUUCCUAUCUGCUCUGGAACAUUGAUGGCCAUGGUUUGUGAAUAUGUCACACAUCCUUAGAAAGAUGUCCAAAACGAAUUUUCCAAAGACAAUGUAGCCAUUCACUGAUGCUUCAAAGCAGUACUGUAUUUGUAUGUAUUGAUCCAUUUUAAUUAAGAAUUAAUAGAAAAUAAAGAGAAAAAAAAAACAUUUUGUUUUAAGAGACCCAAGUGUUUACUGGUCUGUGAUAUAAGUGCUUAUAAAAAAUAAAAAUCAAGACUCACGAGGGUGCACAGAAAGUGGAUUACUUUUGUUUUAAAGUGGGUAAUCUUGUUAGGAGGGUAUGUAUAAUGUAUGCAGUAUAAUCUAGUAUGUAUAGCAAGGGUAGGCAAACUUCAGCCCUCCAGCUGUUGUAGAACUACAAGUCUCAGGAGGAAUCGCAAGGCUCUGACAGCUUACUAGCAUGACAUGCAGAAGCAUGAUGGGACUUGUAGUACUUCAACAGCUGCAUGUAUAGUAUACUAAAUAUUGCAUUUAGUAGUUUCCUGGACAUGGCUCAGUUGCCGAAGUUGGGUUUUGAGUAUUUUCCCAGUGCAUCUCACAAAUGGCCUAUUUGGUGUUUGUAGAUAGACACUUUUUUCUCGCGUUACCGAUUUUCAUGCUAAAUUUUGAUGUUAUACCCUUACGCCUGAAGAAAUGUUUCCUUACGCCUGAAGAAAUGUUUCCUAAAUUCAAACUCUGAAUCUGUUAGUAGUGUCAGAGAGAAGAUGUCAUUUAUGCCUAAGGUUGGUUUCCAAUUUUAUAAGUUUUACUUGUUUUGACACCGAUUUACUUUGCAAAUGACUCAAAGUGUAACUCUAGCCAGAUUAUGGGAAGUCAAUUUUUUAUUUAUUUUUUAUAAUCAAAAAGUCAUUAACUAGCUUUAAAACAAGUAAUUUCUGACCUGUGGUGCAGGUACUGUUGAGAAAUUCAUCCUCAAAGUUCACAACAGAAGCACUGAAGUUGUUAAAGUUUUCCCUUUCAACAGCUCGCACCCCUCCAAGCAGUGAUUUAUCAAUUUUUCAGCCGUCAAAUCCCUAAUGUAGAGCGGUGCAUUGUUGGGGAGGAGGGCAGGGUUUGAGCUACUGAAACAGGCAGUUUGAUCAACUUCACUACUUUUACUGAGAACUUUCAGGAUGAAUUGCUCCACAGAAAUUACAGCUGCAGAGGUUUAAUGAGCACUUGCUUUAAAGCUCAUUUAGUGCAUGUUUAUAGUGUGUAAACAUUUGGUUGUCCAUAAUCUGACUACAGGUUCAUUUUAAAGUAAACUGGGUUAGGGGCAUUAGAUUGAAAGCUACUUUUGGGGGGCAGGACUUGAUGUGACUGACUCAAUGUUUUUUAUUAAGAACUGCAGAAGACGUAUCGUCUUUCUACGAAUUGGAAAAUUAAAUAAACAAGUUUGUCUAAAGUG